AUGGAGCGAGCAAAGGCAAUUCUCCAGCAAUACGAGGACAGUGAAGAGAAAGUGCGCUCCUAUCCGGAACCGCUGCCCUUGACGGACGAAGAUGUUGUGGACCCAUACGAACCGGGCUGCAUCUGGCAAGGUUCCUUGUGGGAAGCCAAUUUUUUCAAGAUCGAUCUCCUUUCCACUGAACUGAUGUUCAAAUACCAGUCAAUGCUCUCGCUGAAAUUGCCUCUUCUGCCAGAGUUGCAGUCAUUGGCUUUGCAACAAUGCCAGCUCAUCGAGACCAUCUCGCGAUACCCGCAGAGAGGCAAUGGCUACUUCAUGAACUUUAAGAAUAGUAUCGGUAUUUCGAGCAUGUUCCUGCCGAGAGAGGGGAACUUUCAGAUGUGGUCGAGGCGCAAGAUGGCUGUGAUGGAGCAGAAUGGAUACAUCAUUGCUCCGAAGUUCCGCGCUGUCCUUGCUGCGAUUUGGCAACUCCCCGAGGUCAACCACUGGUGGCUCCCCCACGACGAGGGCUUCACCGACAUCAUGCGCGCAAUACGAACACUCUCGGAGGAGAAAAAGGAUGAGCCACUGGAUGGCUUCCGUGAGAAUGUGCGGGAUAUGAAGUCGCUUUUCUGGAAACUCAGCGUCGAUGAUCCGGAGGACGAGCAAAGUCCGUCCAACAGUCACCACAGCCAUACCUAG